UAAGCAACAGCCACACACGUAGGCACGUAGCCGGUAGCACAGUCUGAGUUCCCACUCCAGUUUGUACUCGUAAAUUGGCCACCUCUUCAGAAAUCUCAUUCUCUCUCCUGUAUUUGCACCUGUACCUGCAUCUGCUGGCUGCUGCUAACUGCACCUGUACCAAUUCCCCACCAAAUAAAUUAUGCUGCCUCUUCAUAUUCCAAUCACUUCAUUUCCUUCCACUCUUGCCAAGCUCUACAGUUUACCUUCAAUGCCGCUCCACAGGAGAAAAACUCCAUCAUCAUCAUCUACCCAUCCUUCAAAUUCAAUCAAAUCUUCCAAUUCUUUUCGAUUUUCAUGUACCCAUUUCCUUAAAUUGAAACCCCAGAAAGGGAAUUCCACCAUCAACUGCUCUUCUUCGUCGAAUUCACCAGUUACUGAUACUAGAGAGUUGCCUGAGAUUGGUACACUAUUGAGGAGAUUUUGGAAAGUGGCAAAACCAUAUUGGUCAUCAGAGGAUAAAGUUCAAGCUAGGUUGCAAUUGGCUAGUGUUUUUGCUUUGACUUUGGCAACUACUGGUAUUAGUGUCGCUUUCAGUUACCUUGGCCGUGAUUUCUACAAUGCCCUUGCUAACAAAGAUCAAGACCAAUUCACGAAGCAGCUAUUAUAUUACCUUGGUGCGUUUGCUGGUGGUAUUCCGGUUUUUGUAUUGAGAGAUUUUGCAAAAGAAACCCUUUCUUUGAGAUGGAGAUCUUGGAUGACAACCUAUUACAUGAAGCGUUAUUUGCAAAACCAGAGCUUUUACAAAAUUCAGUCCCAGUCUACAAUUGACAAUCCAGAUCAACGGAUUGUUGAUGAUCUGAGUACAUUCACAGGAACAGCACUCGGCUUCUCUUUGACUCUGUUUAAUGCUGCAAUUGAUUUGAUUUCAUUCAGUAACAUUCUAUUUGGCAUCUAUCCUCCACUAUUUAUUGUGCUUCUAGUAUACUCUAUUGGUGGAACAGCGAUUAGUAUUUUUCUCGGAAAGGGGCUGGUGACUUUGAACUUUUUGCAAGAGAAAAAGGAAGCUGACUUUCGUUAUGGACUUGUUCGUGUCAGGGAAAAUGCAGAAUCAAUUGCUUUCUACAGUGGUGAGGAAAAAGAAUUGCAAAUGCUAGUCCAAAGGUUCAGCAGCGCUUUUCAAAAUUUAACUCGUUUGUUGAUAUCUUCUAGAAACCUGGAGUUCUUCACCAAUGGCUACCGAUAUCUUAUUCAAAUUCUUCCUGUAGCAGUUAUCGCUCCCAUGUAUUUUUCAGGAAAGAUUGAAUUUGGUGUCAUUAAUCAGUCUGUAUCAGCUUUUAACCACAUCCUUGGAGAUGUUUCCCUCAUAAUUUACCAAUUUCAAGCCAUCAGUGCCUUCUCUGCUGUGAUUGACCGUCUAGGAGAAUUUGAUGAUCUUCUUGAUAACAACAGCUCGGAAAACCUCACUGAUUCUUCAAGUAAUGUGUAUGUUGUCUAUGAAAAUGUGACAACUCCAACAAAUCCGACAUUGGAUUCAAAUGGAUCAUUGACAGAAGGAAGUAGUAAAAAGUUGGUCGAUUUGGAGCAUUUGACUCUGGUGACUCCGGAAAAGUCCACAAUUCUCAUGGAUUUAACAUUGUCAAUAUACGAAAAGGAUAACCUAUUGAUAAAUGGGCCCAGUGGAAGUGGUAAGACUUCCUUGUUAAGAGCUAUGGCUGGUCUUUGGACUUCUGGAAGCGGAAAAAUCACAUUUUAUGUGAAAGAAUCAGAUGAUGAUCUCCAACCUAUCUCUACUGAAGAAAAUGAUGAAGAAAGUAAACCAUUUAAGAAUAGAAGCUCUAGGGGUAUAUUUUUCCUUCCCCAGAAGCCUUAUAUGGUGUUGGGCUCUCUGCGUCAGCAGUUGCUUUAUCCAAUGUGGGCUGAAAACCCGUCUUUGGAUUUGGCUGAUCAAACUGGUUGCCCACCUUUCUUGCUGUCUCCUGAGGGGUCAGCCGGUUCUUUAACAAGGUCACCUAAGCCUACUACGGAGGAUCUAAUAAAAGUAUUGGAGGAUGUUCGGCUUGGGUAUUUAUUCCCUAGGUUUGGUCUUGAUUCAACUUAUGAAUGGUCAAGUAUUCUUUCCUUGGGUGAGCAACAACGCCUUGCUUUUGCACGUCUUCUGCUUGCUAAACCAUAUUUGAUCCUGCUCGAUGAAUCUACCAGCGCUUUAGAUGAGGAUAAUGAGGAUCAUCUAUACCGUUUGAUAGAAGCUGCUGAUGUAACUUAUGUUAGCAUUGGUCACAGAAGGUCACUGAUUAACUAUCACACCAAAGUUUUGAAUAUAAUGAAGAUGGAUCCUCAAUCCACUGAAAGCAACUGGACUGUCAAGCCUAUAAAUCAAGAAGCCAAGAGUAGCUUGUCAGAAAUCGGACUCUAGGCUUUGUAGCUGAUUGGAAUCGGGUUUUUCCUUGUAUGACGCGGUAGAAACAAUGUUGUGGCAUUUUACUCCCAACAGACUGCUUCUAUUUAUAGGAAAAGUUUUCAGAAAAUUCUUAGCCCCCUUGAUGUAAAUAGUACUCCCUCCGUUCUAAAUUAGUUUUUACACGUUCUA